GCUUCAGUGGGCGGACAGUCAAGGCCGCAGCUGUGUCGAGUAUGAGACGAAAGGCUGGUGCAAGGACGGCUCGGCGACGGCGGCAUCCCCGGAGGACUUCAAGCGCAAGACGGAGAGCUGGGUACACCGAGGCAUGUCAGCCCUUGACGCCUGCUGUGUUUGUGGAGGCGGCAUUUCUGGGGUGGACCUUUUCGACUACCCUGCGCAGACCUUGGCCCUGGGCUUUCCACUGCACCUGGCGCCCUCGCCCCCGCACCGCCUCCGAGUACUCCUCGCAGAGCUGCAACCUUCACGGAGCGGGUCGAGCUUCUGUCUGGAUGGGUGCAAUUCCAAGGAGCUCUUAAAAGGGUACGCUUUGGUGUCUCGAUUUGCAGGAAUUGGAUUGCAGCUGGACCCUACCACUGGCGUCAUCUCAGGCACCGUGGCCUCGACUGAUCCCGUGAAGUUGGAAUGCGAGAUCCUGGCCCACAACAGCAUCGGCCAGGAGAGCAAGGCUCCACUGAAGCUGGAACUUGAUCCGUUUACGUACGGCACAAAGGCUCUGUCUCCAUUCACCCGGACCUACGAGGUGCAGACCGCGCUGCAAUAUACGCAGUUCUCUAUGCUGUGCACCCCCACAGUCAGCUGGCUGGCCAUCGACCCGGGCUCGGGUCGCCUGUCGGUGCAAGGCUCCGACUUCAAGCCGCGCUUCGCCACCUGCACGGUGAAUGGUCACCGCCAAAUCUGCACUCCCGGGGCAGACCUGGGCAAUGGAACAAUCACUCCAGCAACAUGUAUGAAUGAGACCGAUACCAUCGAAUUGGCCCUGCACGCGCCUGUUGAGCCCAAGUCUGUGUUCCUGACGCACCGCAUGAACCCAGACGAGCAGGUUGCGCUCGUGUCACUGACGGUCGGCGAAGAGGUCCCGGACUAUGCAUUGGUGCCAGCACUGUCAGCCCUGGAGCGGGAGAUGUCAGAGAAGCCAUCAGCCUUCUUCUUUGAUUGCGGCAACGACACUGCGCACGAUGAGACAAUCCAAACCGUCUUCUACAAGGGCCACGAGGUGUUCCGUUUGGACCACUUCAACCAGAUCGCCGGAGCGCCCAGCGCCGGCAUCAUGGAGCACUGCGAUGGCAAGGAGCCGCGCUGCAAGGUGAGCUUCACGUGCAAGGUCUAUGCCGAGCUGCAGAGUUCCAAACAGCUGGUGUCCACCACUUUUGAUGUGGACAUCUGGGACAACAUGUGCUGGGCUGAAGGUGAAGGCAAGUAUCAAGUGGUUGAGAGGACGUCGGCUGCCACGACCGUGGCGUGCCGCAUGGACUGCAGGAUGAAGAAGUCCUGUGCGGCCUAUGUUUUUGGGGGCACCUGCGUGCUAUUGCGGUACAAGGCUGACGCGGCUGAGAAGACAGCUGCCGGCUCUAAGGUUCAGGUGAAAGUCAACGACUGCAUCUUGUCGUCGCGGUGCUUGCAGCUGGAUAUUCCUGGCGGCUCCUACAUCUCUGGUGACUACUGCCCUGGUCAUGUUCGAGAUCGGGGGUUCCCGGUCUUUGCCCACGAAGGCCCUAUCCCAGAGGCCAGCUUCUUCAUCCACAAGGUGCACGCCGGCCGAGAUGUCGAGGCAGUUCAAUCUUGCGGAAACAAUCCCAAGUGGAUCUUGCGGCGGCUCUCCCCCAUGGACGUGCUGCAGGAUUCCACAGAUCAGCGCGCUGCCGUGGUUGAGCUGCGGGGGGAUGUGCUGCUUUGUAUCACUACGGACCUGCUCCAGUCCGUGUUCUUCCAAGGAGACCUGCAGUUCGAGUUCAAGGCUACAGCCGACGCACUGCAGGCUCCCGUCACCUCCGCCUUCGUUCAGAUCAAAGUGGCAACCUGCAAGAACCCCCUGGUGGAACGCGAGGAAUACAUGAAGCUCCUGAAGAUCGAAGAUGACCUUUCCGAUCCAGCAGCGGCGCAGGAGGUCUUCAGAUUCGAUGAUGAGUCCACCGGCAUGAAGGACGACUAUUCCAUCGGCGUGUGUGAAUGCCCAUCUGAGGAAUUCGGCGAGUCUUUCCCAGUUCUGGCCACAACUAUCGAGCUGAUACCACCAGGGUCUGGAAAUAGUUUUGUACCAGCACCGCAGAUGCUGGCUGAAGGAAGUGUCUCGUGCAACUUCCUCAGCUUGGAAGAAGUACUGCUCGGGCUCACCUCGGAGGAUUGCUCACUGAUUGCUACGCAAAGUGGCAAGCUCUACUACUGGUUUGGCGAAUACAAUGGCCAGCAGGCGUGCCGGCUUUAUUCAAAGUGCGACUACCUGGAAUUAGAAAGCAACUCCCACGGUAUUCUGUAUGGCGUGUCUUACGCGCCAUCAUGUGCAAUUGCCAACUCCCAGAGAUGUUGGAAUACUGUGAAGCGUGCAGAAUUUCGAUCAGGUUAUUCUACCCAAUCUGCUGCGGGCAGCAUUCCCUGCCGGUUCGAGGAGGUGGUCCGGGACUGUGAUCGACUCAUAGUUGCUGGCGUAGCAACUAUCACCGAGUGUGGAUCCUGCCUAUACGCGGACCCAAUGUAUAUUUCUGAGCGCAGGCCCUUGCCAUCGAUGUUCAUGCCUGGCCGCGGGGUGGCGGUCAGCUGUGAUGCAGACAAAUACCGCGCGAUGGCCCGUGACGGCAGCCAGCUUCUCGGCCGUCAUGCGAUGACAUGUGUUGAUGGCAGAUGGGUGGACAGCUUUCAGAAGGAGUCUAUGACAAAUUUUAUUUGUGAGAAGGGUGCUCGUGUCACGAAGAUUGGCGACAAGAGCCUUACUCAAAAUCGGAACUCUGGGAAAGAGUCCGAAUGGUGGGAGCAUCAUUUUGGCAAGAUCAUCCGCAACUUUCGGGGAGAGUGCUUGGCUCCUGAUCAUCACGUGUCUGGGGUCAGUCUCACAGCCAGAUUCCAGAAUGGCCCAAAUACUACGAAUGGCACUUGCCCCUGCGAAGAGACCAUCAAGCCCUGCAGCUGCAGUCUCAACGGGGCCUUUGCCUGGAACUUCAGCCUGCCGGGCACUGUGGAGACGGUGCAGGUCAUUGCGAAGUUGAAGCUGCACUCUGGGCCGUGCUUCCUGGGCCUGUGGAAGAUGAUGCAGGCGCAGGGUGUCGCCGGCAACACCACCCAUGAGCUCCAUCUGAACUUGGAUCCUACCGCGGCGCGGAGAACUUUCCAGCUGCAUGGGCUCACGUGUCAACCUGAUUCGAUCCACAUCGCCGUCCCGCAGAAGGCUGGCUGGGGCCCAUGCAGAGGUGGUACAAAAGAUGGCUGGCGCUUCCGAGCAGUGACAGCUUCUCCAGAUCGAACUGUGUUGGAGUUUGUGGGUGAGACUGGGGGCGGUCGCUGUGCUCACGCCUUGACGGGCGUCUUGGAGCCCUGCGGUUCUUCGCGUGGCAAAGGCUUCCUGCGCCAAGCCCUGGCGAAGAAAGGCCUUCAGGAGGCAGUUGCCCGCUGGACUGGAGACGUUGGAGACAAGGAGUACAACUGUGGUGACCCAGGCACCAGUUGCAAGCCAUUCACUGCAGCCCUGGUCGGACACGCGCAGCGAGACUCCAAUGUCAAGAACUUCAUGGACAUUUUAUCUUCUUCAGGGCCCAUUGGCCAUGAAGGCCGUUUAUUGACGAGCUUGGGCUUGCGGAGCACAGAAUCGAGCUUCAGGCCAACGUCUCGCCGGGUGGAAGUGGCCAUAAAGCCUGAGCAAUGUCGGGCAGUGACCACCGAAUGUAAAAGCAGUCCUGACCAGAAGAUGACAGACCUGCAGCUGCACAACGUGUGGUGCCAGUCUGGUGAGGCCAUCAGCACCAUCGAGUUCAGGAAGUGUUCGCCCCAGCCCACCCAACAUGGGUUUCAAUACGCCUUCAGGUGCUGCAAAAUCGUUGGAUUAGGGGGCUGCACAGGAGACGCGACGCCCUGGAUAACGACCGAGCUUUCAGCUGCCGGAUCCUUGACGGCCUUGACGGAGCUUGGGAUGACGUGUCACAAGAGCGAGGCUUUGCUUGGCUUCACUUUGGAAGAGAAAGAAUCAAAAGCAAAGACCCAGUACAGGUAUCUCUGGGAAUGCUGCAUGAUCCCUCCGCAUUCACCGUUGGCAGUCACUGCAGCCUCAGUGCCUUUUCCGGGCUCCUUCUCGGACUUCGACGGUGUUUACUUCCCGGCAGGGAAGACUGAAGGCCGGGUGAAGAUGGAGGCCUCGUUCUUGUACAUGCCGGGAAACCAAUCCAAGUGGGAGCUCAUGUACAACAAGUACAAGGGUGCGUGGUGCGUGACGAGCGGUGCGCAGGAAUCCUGCGAGUGGGCGGCGGCGGUGCAUCCGCUGGGCCUGGGGGCCCUGGGCUCCUUCGAGGUCACGGGCCUGGAGAGCUCCGAGGACGCCCGGGGCGACGCCCUGAAGGGCCCCGAGCCCCUGGUGCUGAAGCAGGUGGAGGUGAAGAAGUUCGAGAAGCCGCCGCCCAUCGAGCCGCCGUCGCUGAGCGACUUGGAGUUCCAAGCUGCGGAGACCGGCUUCCAGGCCGCCGAGAUCAACGAGCGGAAGGUGUCCUCCUUCGAUCUUGCAAAUCGGAAAGCUUGGAUGCCCACUCCACCGAAGUAUGCCCCAUACUGCGCCUUGAAAGACUCUUCCAGAUGGGACAGCGAAGCCACCAUGGACCAGGACGGGGGGCAGCCUCUUGGCAGCCUGAAGCGCGCGGACGCGGGGCAGUUCUCGGAGGAGAAGAACUGGCAAUUCGUGGAGCCAUUGGCGGAUGCACAGAACCACCCGUGCCAUCCCUUCUACUAUGCCAAGUCCUCCUUGGACCGCGGCGCGUGGGAGAGCAGCUUCGACAUGUCCCGCCUGCUCAGCUUCCAGGGCAUCGACGUGAAGAAGUUCUUGCAUGAGCCCGUGCAGCGCGGCGCCACCUUUGCGGCGACCAAGGCUUGCCGCAAACGCCAGUCGCAAAGAAACACCGACCACGCCAAGAAUCUGGGCUUUGGCCACCUCAGGGAUCUCACCAUGGGUGCAGUGAGUUACGUGACGGACUCGAUCUGCUCCGUCAUUCCGGGUGCGGGAACUCUUUUGGCUCCUAUGGGCCUGGGAGUCGAGCUCAGCUUUGAUUUCUCUGAUAUUUGCUCGGGCAUCAACAGCCUCGUACACGAGACCUACCAGCAGGUUUCCUCGCGUCAAAUGCUGGCCAGAGAAGCGUGGAAAGACGAAAACGAUAACAUUGAUUCGCAAUUCUGCAGCUUUGUCGACAAUCAAGAUAUGUACCAGACCUUCUGCAACUUGCACUGCGUGGAAGAUGCGGUGGUCAAAGGAAACUUUGCAGUGCUGAAGUCCAUGAAAGGCUUGGAAAAGUAUCUGAUUGAGACUGUGCACAGCAUGUUGCUGCACUAUGCCAAGCAGAGCAGUGAGCACUUGGCCGCGAUACAGCAACAAAUCAACACGAAUUCUGCAAAUAUGAUGGAUGGCCUCGAAAGCUUUCUGACAACAUACUUCACGCAGGGUUUCGACCAAGCAACGACUUACCGCAACGAUCUGUCGACGCAGAUCACGGACCAGCUGAAUGCACUGAAAGAGAGCAGUGACGUGAGCAUCGAUGGCGUCAACAAGCUUCAAGAAGACAUCAAGACUGUCAAUGACAACUUGCAGAUGAUGGCGGAUUAUCAGGGCAAGUGGUUUGACGUACUUGAUCAGAAGCUGGACAGAAAUGGAAAGCAGGCCCUUCUCUCAUACAACGUCUCUGUGCGAAGUGACAUGCCGAAGCACGUGGCAUCGGUCCUGACAGAGACAUCGAAGCUGCUCGCUGUGAUCCACCAAGAGCCCACCAGCGAGAAGGAUGCUGGCAUCCAAGAGGACAUGGCCGUGCCACUGCUCAGGACGGCUGUGCAGGACGUGGCGUUUCACGCUGCCAGGGCAGUGCAAUCAAUGCAGAAGGGAGACACUGCCAAUGCGGCCGCAGCAGCGUCAAGCAUCGCAGUGAGCUUGGCCAACACUCACACUCGUCUUGCUGGCACCCGGGAGCACGUGACCAAGACUAUGGCCAGGAGGUCGAAUGCCUUGCUGGAGCCGGCAGGAGAACUUCUGCUGGCCCAGAUGGGCACGAUGAAGGUGGCAAUGCUUCACCAAUCUGCCUUCCAUCGGGAGCAGAAGACCAUCAUGGCCCGCGCCGCCUCGCUUCAGCAGCUCAGCGACGAGAUGGAGAUCUUGGCCGCCUCGGAGCUGCUUCUGAAGUUCGACGCGCACUUGGCAUCCGCGCACCACAGCUUCUCAAGGUUCAUCGCGGCUUCGCGUGAGUACGUGAAAAGCAAGUCGACUGCUUUACAGAUGCUGCGCGAUGCCGUUACCAAAGACAGAUGUGAACAAGGCUCACCUGGGCCAGUUGCACCUUUGAAGCUGCUUGCAAAAACCAUCAAUCGCAUGGAUCGAGAUCAGCUGGCCGUGAAACGCACCAUCAACGACGCAUGGAGUGAUGCCGUGGUGAGCCUUGCCCGUGUGGCAGAUGUCUUGGUGGACGGUGGCCUGCUGAUGCAUUACCUGCGCAUCGCCAGCCUGACAGUGAACGCCACGGUCCCUGCUUCGGCGAAGUCGGUGGCCAAAGCCCUGGAGUUGCUGCAGGCGCCUUUGGAUGCAGCUCUCCAGCAUGAAGCCGGGGGCUUUCUGCUGCAGGUGAAGAGGGCCUUCACCAUGAGCUCUGUGCUUCUCAAUGCGAUGCACGAUCACUUCGUGGACGCUCCGGAUGACGACCUGGCGGACAUCGUCAGCUCCUGGAGGAAGCUGGAAGCCACCGCCCUGGAGCUGGACGAGGACCUCAAAGGCAACUUGCGGCGCGAGCUGCUGAUGAACGUGUUGCAGCGCAAGGUUUCGGAGGAGGCUACGUCCAUGGCUGCUCGCUUCCCUGCUGCUCGCUGUAAAUCUGGGGAGGAGGCACUUUGGGAUGUGGAUACGGAUGGCUCGCCUCUUCUUCUCAGGGAGGGCCGAGUGCUGCGCUGCGAUCCUUCAGGGCAUCUAUCUGCCGGCGCGCAGAAGGAGCCUUUGCAAGCUCGCUCCGCAUUUUCCUUGAUCGGCGUUCUGCGGAGUGAACCACUUGACCUUUCCCGUCUAUGAGUGUACAUACUGAUGUAUGGUAUGAUCGUGUUCCAUGAUCGCUGGCAGUAGCAAGCUUCGACUUGUUAACUUUUUUGUUGCAUGCGCCUGUAGUUGAAGACUGGGCGUUUUGCGCUUACCGUUCCCCAAAGGAUUUUCUGGAGCUUGCAGCCGGCUGACUAAAAGCACGGCAGACA